GUUUUAAAGGGCAGAGUUGUAAAAACUCCCAGGCUGUGGGGAGUUAGCUUGGUAGCCUGUGAAUCGGAAUUCAACUGUACCCCACAGGAGCAAAAAUCGCCUGGAGCAUUACAAAGACGCAACAAAAAUUUUGUAUAUCCUUUAGAAAGCUACACUAGAAGCUGUGCAAGUGUUUUCUGGAGCGGACUCUGGCUUGUACAAGAAGGACCUGCUGUGAAUUUCCAUGAUCCUGAACCCAACUGUGCUGCAGGAAGGAUAUUCAAUUUGGCAACAAGCACUCAGAGUUUUUUCAUUACACUGAUCACUGCUGCCUUGGAGGUUUUUGCAACGCUCAGAAAAAGCAACUCUGUGACAAUAAAAGAAUCACCCUCGCCACUGAAGCAGCUAUGCAGCUUGAAAUUCAAGUAGCACUCAACUUUAUUAUUUCCUAUUUAUACAACAAACUCCCUCGACGACGUGUGAAUAUCUUUGGCGAAGAGCUCGAGAGGCAGCUGAAGAAAAAAUAUGAAGGCCACUGGUAUCCGGAUAAGCCAUACAAAGGUUCGGGAUUCAGGUGCAUCCAUGUAGGGGAGAAGGUGGACCCUGUGGUGGAGCAGGCAGCCAAAGAGAGCGGGCUGGACAUUGAAGACGUCCGGAAUAAUCUCCCUCAGGACCUUAGUGUGUGGAUUGAUCCAUUUGAGGUUUCCUACCAGAUUGGGGAGAAGGGACCGGUCAAAGUGCUAUAUGUGGAUGAUAACAAUGAGAACGGGUCAGAGCUGGACAAGGAGAUCAAGAACAGCUUUAAUCCUGAGGCCCAGGUCUUCAUGCCAAUCAGCGACCCUGUCGGGGCUUCCUCAGAGUCCAGCUCCCCCUCCCCUCCUUUUGGGCAGUCCGCUGCCGUGAGCCCAUCCUUCAUGCCACGCUCCACCCAGCCCUUAACCUUCACCACUGCCACCUUCGCCGCCACCAAAUUCGGCUCCACUAAAAUGAAAAGCAGCGGCCGUGGAAACAACGGCAACAGCGGCAGUAGCAGCAAGGUGGCCCGCACCUCCCCUACCAAUAACCUGGGUCUGAAUGUCAACACCCUACUGAAGCAGAAAGCCAUCUCCACCUCCAUGCACUCAUUGUACGGGCUGGGCCUGGGUCAGCAACAGCAGCAGCAGCAACAACAACAGAAGGCCUCUGCUCUGUCUCCCAACGCCAAGGAGUUUGUGUUCCCCAGCCUCCAGGGCCAGUCCAGCCCUGGAGCUGUGUUCCCUGGGGAGGGCUCCCUGGGGCUUGGCCCACUGCAGUACAACAAUGCCUUUGACAUGUUUGCAGCCUACGGAAGCCUCAACGACAAGUCCCUUAUGGAUGGCCUCAACUUCAGUCUGAGCAACAUGCAGUAUUCUAACCAGCAAUUCCAGCCAGUCAUGGCUAACUAAACUCAUCAUCAAGAUGUUAUUUAUGAAUGAUGGUGGCUCAAAGAGAAGGAAAAAC